AUGGGUAGAGUCCACUUCUUUCUCUUGGUCUCUUUGCUACUCGGCAAGGUUAUGUCUGCGGCACCUCCCACCUUCACCCUGCCCAAAGUUGGCGAACGGAAUAAAGUAUGGGGAAGCGAGGAGAUCCAAGAGAGGCUCCCCCUCCGGCGGCUCAGCCAUCAUAACCCUCGGACUACCAUGACCUGCGAUAGGGUCCCGAAGGUGUGCCGGGCUAAGGGCAGCCCCGGUCGUGACUGCUGCCGGAAGCUUUGCGUAAACCUCAGGACGGACACUCAGAACUGCGGAUGCUGCGGGAAAAAGUGCAGGUACGCGGAGGCCUGCUGCCGAGGGAAGUGCGUCAACAUCCUUUCCAGCCGGGCAAAUUGUGGCGCCUGCCACCGGCGGUGCAGGAAGGGUAGCUACUGUCGGUUUGGCAUGUGUGGCUACGCUUAG